GCUUUCUUUCUCUCAUUCUCGCGCCACCUCCACCUCCACCUCCACCUCCACCGUCGCCGCCAAACCGCCACAGCAUUUUCCCCGUAAUCCUAAUAUGCAAAACGAUGCGGAGAAGAACCCUCCGCUUCUGCCACGUGUCACUCCCUACUCGCCAAUACUCCAGCAUAUCUCCUCCUCCUCCUCCGUCGCCGCCGCUCAUCCGAGUUUCGAACCACGUGGCCAAACUGGGCCCGCCGAAAGAGGGCCCGAAGCCCAAACAGCUUCUCUCCCUGCCGCCUUUCCCCACCGGUCGAUUUUUGCCGGGGAAGAAGUCUCACCAGGACGGCGUCGUUUCACGCGUCUCAGCUGUCAGUUGGCUCAGAUAUUACUUCCAUGAGAUUGACGACACCGCCAUUCGGUCCCAUUUCAACAAAGGCCUUGUUGAGAUGGAGUGCGAAAGUUCAAUUGGGAAGGAAGGGCAAGUCAAACGUAUGAGAAAGAUUAGGCCUAGUGAGGUAAUGGAGGAAGGCGCGAGAGUAUAUGUACCCGUAUCGAUUGCGGAGAGUAAAGUUUCGAGGAGAUUCGACUGCAUACCGAGUGAGACAUUGUACCCGAAUGCAGAUGAGAUUGACUACUUGCAAAGGCUUGUCAAGUACAAGGACUCUGCUAUAAUAGUGCUGAACAAGCCCCCAAAAUUGCCGGUCAAGGGUAAUGUGCCAGUCCAUAACAGCAUGGAUGCAUUGGCAGCAGCGGCGUUAUCGUAUGAUUAUGAUGAAGGUCCUAAAUUGGUUCAUCGGCUUGACCGAGAGAGCAGUGGCCUCCUCUUGAUGGGAAGAACAAAAGAAAGUGUGUCUCUUCUGCAAUCGUUAUACACUGACACCAAUAUUGGGAAAUCAUCCUGCAGGGCUUGGAAUUAUGCAUGUAGAGCAAAAAGUCAGAGAUACUGGGCAUUGGUUAUAGGGUCGCCCAAGGAAAAGGAAGGUGUAAUAUGUGCUCCUCUUACAAAGGUGCUUCUUGAUGAUGGGAAAACAGAGAGGGUCAUCUUGGCUCAUCAAUCGGGAUUAGAAGCUUCCCAACCGGCUCUAACUCAGUAUCGAGUGCUUGGUCCUUCGAUAAAUGGAUGCUCAUGGAUUGAAUUACAACCACUCACGAGCCGAAAGCAUCAGCUCCGUGUUCAUUGUGCUGAAGCUCUAGGCACGCCAAUUGUGGGUGACUAUAAGUAUGGGUGGUUUGUUCACCGAAGAUGGAAACAAAUUUCUCAAGUCGAUAUUGAGCCAGCAACUGGGCUACAAUACAAGUUGCGGAGGCCAGCAGGUCUGGAUGUACAGAAGGGAAGUGUUAUAUCAAAAGUCCCUCUAUUACAUCUACACUGUAGAGAGCUUGUACUCCCCAAUAUUGCUAAGUUCAUUGGUCUAUUGGAUCACAAGUUAGACAAGCAGCACACUUUAGAUAGUUCGAAGCCAGAUGUCCUUCGGUUUGUGGCAUCAAUGCCCACCCACAUGAAACUUAGUUGGAAUCUCAUGUCAUCUUAUUUGGUGUAGAGAACAGGUCAAUAAGUCGUCAAGCAGCUCAAUUCUUCCCCCUGCCUUCCUUUGACUCUACUUCUUUGAGCGCUGUAUAUAACCAGAAUAUAGUUUCAGAGUAGAUGAGAAAUUCAAACCACCUAGACCUUCAAUGCUUAUUCCAUUAGUUGCUAGUUGUAUCA